CUGGUCAAGGGGCCCUGUCACAGCGCAUUGCCCACCGAUCUAAAUGGAGAUCGCUGUCACUGCGCACAGGCGUAGUGUUGUGCACUGGGAUUAACAUCAUAUGAUGCUUUAACAACCCAUGAUGCAAGGUUCUUAGGGAGCUUUCGUUGAGCAAGCGGUCACCACGCUAAGAAGUGAGGCCUUUCGCUGCGGUCGCAUGCAUAGCGUACAUUGUGAGCAUUAGGAUAGGCAGCAUCAGCGGGAUCGGUAGCUCUGGGCUGGGCGGCGAGGCCAGCGCCCUCGCGAGCGCCCUCUGGGCCGAUAGGUCCUCUUGCGGGCAACGCCAAGCGCAGCGCGGUUGGAGUUUGAAGUUUUGGCUGGUCGCCUAGGAUUUAGAUCGGCUCUGGAUGGCUCGCUGAACUGAAUGUGGAAGGAGGGCCUGAGCUCCAGCUCACUGCGCGGCUGCGCAAGGAAUGCCAUCUAUGCAAGGGCUCAGCUUGCAAAGCCCAAGCUCGACGGUCGAAGUGCAGAGCCCGCCAGUGCGCAUGCAAAUCACUCCUGGCCACCCAGCGCUGGUAUUCAGGUGUCUCUCCAGCACCUGCCCGCUCGGACCCAGGAGCCGCAGCAUGCCAUCGCGGUGGAGCGCGCUAGCGUGGCGUCAGCAGACCCCACGCUGGCCGCACAGCCCCUGAACGAGGAGUUCGAGCGGCCAGCUGGCAGCCGCUCUAGCGCAGAUUGUGCCCCCAGCACAAGCGCUCGGGGGUAUGCUGGCGGAAGUAAGCAGCCGCGCGGCAGCUUUCGGAGAGGUGUGGAUUCGGCGGGGGGAAACAGCCGCGACGCGGCGGCCCUAACACGACGCAUCACGCACUCCAAGACUACGUCAGAGUUGCACGACGUGGUGACGCGCCACAAGUCGCAGUUCAAUUCAAUUCACACGGCGGCGGCUAUUGUCAAGCUGGCAAAGCUGACGGCGGGGGAACCCGAGCAGCCGCACCAUCAACAGCAACACCAGCGACACCAGCGACACCACAGGCAGGCGCAGGCGGGGCUGCACGAGGUUGUGGGGAACGGCCAUCUACAAGCAGCAGCACCAGUAGCAGGAGCGGCAGCGGAUGGACAGUUAGGCAGCAGCAGCGCAGAUGCCAGCGGUGCGGAUCCAGCGGCGUUUGGGACACCGGGCUCGAGGAACCAGGGGCAACUGUUCCGGUCACGGCACACUCCCUCGCGGGGUGCAGCAGCGGCAGCAGCAGCGGAUGAUGCACGGUUGCGGGAAUCGCUGCUAGAAGAGCUUUCAGAAGCUUUCCUGGCGCAUGCGCAGCAGCAGCAGUACCCCUCGGCGCGGCAGUUCGCCAAUGUCGUUUGGGCGCUGGGCAGCAUGCGCAUCCGCAGCCCGCGGCAGCGGCCGGACACCCCGCCGGCAUCUUCGCCCUCGGCAUCCUCGUUAGAACCGCAGCCCCAACCCGGCACGUCAACAACAUUGCAAGCCAUCGCCGGCGAGCCGCAGCCGCAGCCGUCCUCGAUGUUGCAGCUGGGGCCGCUGCUGUCCGUCACGGCAGCGCAGCUGCUCAGCGGCAACGGGUCCCGCCUCACAAGCGCGCUCCCGCAGGAGCUGUCCAACCUUGCGCUGGGCCUCGCCAAGCUCGGCUACCGCGAGGUGCCGCUGUGGGCCGCCAUCAUUGCGGCCGGCAAGGCGCGCCUGCCCGCCUUCAAGCCGCAGGAGCUACACAACCUGGCCUGGGCGGUGGCGGCGGCCAGUCAGGACCGCAGCAUGAUCUCGGCGGCCGUGCAGGCAGCGCUGCCGCAGCUGGGCGCCUUCACGCCCUCCGGCCUGUCCAACCUGCUGUGGGCGUGCGCCACCGCGCAAUGCCAUGUGGAGGAGCUCUUCGACGGCGCUGCUGCGGCGCUGCUGCGGGUGCCGCCGGCGCAGCUGAAUAGCCAGGACGUCGCCAACACGGCGUGGGCGUUCGCCAAGGUGCAGCACCCGCACCCGGGGCUCAUGCGGCACCUGGGCGGCCUGGUGCUCCGCGCGGCGACGGGGCGGGACGCGGUGGCUGGGUCAGGGGCAACCGAUGCAGAGGCGGGCACGGCAGCCGGGGCGGGGGCAAUGCAAGGGCCGGAGGCAGGGACAGGGCGCGGGCUGCGGGGCGUGGCGACGCAGGAGCUGGUGAACGUGCUGUGGGCGUUUGCGAGCAUGCCUCCGCAGGGGCUAGGGCUCCCAGACGCUGCGGCCGGCGGCGUGCCCGCGCAAGGGAGAGGCAGCACUUGGGGUGGCGUCAAUGCGAGCUCCAGCAGCGGUGCGAGCACCAGUAGCAGCAAUACGAGCGGCGGAGGCGGAGGCGGAAGCACGGCCGGCCUGACCACGCAGCUGCUUGCGGCGCUGCUGCCGGAGGUGGUGCGGCGGCGAGACCUCACGCCGCAGGGUGCCAGCAACGCAUUGUGGGCGGCGGGGAGGCUGCAGCCCUGCCCCGUGCCGCCGGACGCGCUCGCGGACGCGCUUCGCGCCGCCUCCACUCGUGCGGCGUCCAUGUCAGACCAGGAGCUCGCAAAUGCGCUGUGGGCGGCGGGCGAGCUGCGGGGCGCCGGGCACUACGUGCCGCCGGCGGCAGUCGCGCCGCUAUUCGCGGCGGCGUGCUGCCCGUCGCGCCUGGAGGCCACACCUGCGGCCGGCGUGGCGCAGCUGGUGUCGGCUGCCGUCAAGCUUCGCCUGGUGGGCUCGCAGCACAUGGACGCGCUGGCGAAGCGGGUGAUGCGCGGCCUGGGCUCGCUGGGGCCACAGGAGCUGUGCGUGCUGGCGGCGGCGGUGGCGGAGGCGGUGCACGUGGCGGCCUACUGCAACCCCAUCCUGCUCAACGGCCUGGCCAACGCAGCAGUGGCGCAGGUGGACCGGCUGGACCCGCAGGGUCUGAGCACGCUGCUGUGGGCGUUUGCGCGCGCCGGCAAGCACUACCACGGCCCGCUGACCACCACCAUUUGCCGCGUGGCGGCGCCCCGGCUGCGCGAGUUCAGCGACCUUGAGCUGUCCAACCUGGUGUGGGCGCUGGCGGUGCUCAAGUGCCAGGACCGGCAGCUGCUAGUGCGGGCGGCGCGCGUGCUGGUGGGGAGGGUGCGGCUCCGGCGGCAGCGGCAGCAGGCGGCGGCUGCGGGCGCGGCGGGGCUGGCAGCAAUGCAGCAGCAGCGGCGGUACUGGUCGGGGCAGAUGGCGGACGGGUCGAUGCCACCGCAGCAGAUGCAGACGCAGCAGCAACAGCGGGCGGAAGCGGAGGCGCAGCGCAGGCUGGGUCUGGGGCUCCGGCAGGGGCCAGGGCAAGAUGCCGGGGGCCCCGUGCGGAUACGGCUAGAUGCACCUGCUGCGGCGAGCGCGUCAGGCUGGCGGAGAGCUGGCUCGGACGGCGGCGUGAACGCAGCCGCGCAGCCGCACCCGCCGGAGUCGCCAUCGCCCGCCGCUGCGCACCUGGGCAGCAACGGCAACGGCACGGCGCCGGCGGCCUCCGGCAGCGCCCCUAUCGGCUCGGCGUUUGUGAGCACGGCCACGGCCGGCAGCGCCACGUCAUCCAUGGACGAGGGCUCACUGCCCGACGACCGGCCGCUCCUGCGCCGGCUGCCGUCGCUGCACCACCACGACGAGACGCACGUCAUGCUGCAGGCGCGGCGGCCGCAUCCGCGCGACGCCUCCGCCGUCGCAGCCGCAGCCGCGGCGGCCGGCGCAGUUGCCGCCGCCUCCGGCAGCGCCGCGGGCGGUGGCCGUGGCCUGCAGUCUUGCGACGGCUCCGACGUGCCUGCGGCCGUGCCCACAGUCCGGCGGCGGCGGCUCACGGACUCGCUGUCUGACGGCGAGGACCCGGAGGGCGGCAGCGCGGGGCUGGGCGCGGGCGGCGCGGCGCCGACAGCGCAAGGCCAUGCCAAGAGCAUGGCCAAGCUGCUGUGGGGCUUCGCCAAGUGCAACCUGUACAACCAGGCUUUGUACCGGCUGCUGGUGCAGGAGCUGCGGCCACUGAUGCACCUGCUCACGCCGCACGAGGUGGUUCAGGUGCUGUGGUCAGUGGCCUACCACAGCCACUCCUGCCCGGAGCUGCUGGACGCAGCCGCGCCCGCCAUCGCCUCGCGCCUGGGCCGCUUCUGCCCCUGGGACGCAUCCGUGGUGGCGUGGGCCUACGCCAAGCUGGACCACCCGCACCGCGACCUGUUCGAGUCGCUGCAGCACCACGCGCUGCGCUACGGAAGCCGCUACAAGGAGCCCUGCCUGCUGCGGCUGGUGUGGGCGUGCGCGCAGCUGCAGCUGCACGUGCGGGAGCCACUGCUGGCGCAGCUGCACGCGCUGCGGACGGGGCGGUCGCGCGCGGCGAGCAGCUAUGACGGAGCGGACGGCGAGCCGCCGCCGCCGUCGGACGCGGGCCGCAUGGAGCCGGAGUGGUGGUAGAAACCUUGUGUGAACGUGAGUGUUGUACGUUGUGCAUGGCCAGACGGGCUUUGGAGAUGAGCGUGGUGUAACAAAACUUGAGCUGGAUGGCCCGCAGUGGAGUGGGCGCCAGUGUGAGCGUAGACUGCCGACAUGCGUACAGCCCGCUUCUGGCUUGACGUUCUGAAGAGCCAUGCGCAGGUAUUGGGCGUAGCGCCACCAAUAGGCGUGGGAUAGCAGUGCAGUUUCGUGUUGGUGUCAGUUGGUCAACAGCGUUUGAUUUGGGGAGCGGUCGGGCUUGAGGGCAUGGGAGCGGCUUCCCCCGCAUUAAGUUUGGCGCGUAUGUUACAGACAUGCAGCUUUAGGGUGAGGGUGUAGGUCGUGGGCAUCUCAAGAAGAAGAAAGGCUUGACAGGGGUGGGGUACACUAUGCAGGUGUGGCGCUUAAGAGAAGGGAGAGCAUGCGACAAUGCAGUUCUGUCUUGCGCAAAGUAUGCACAGGUAGGACGUGGCUGGAGGAACUGUGCAGGGAGUGACCAACCCUAUCCGCGGAGACCAGUGCCGUAGCACGGUAUCAGGAUAGCCGACGCGUUCACUCACUCGACGUGGAGUGACGAGGGCAGGCGUGGCUGGCAGGGAUGCGCCAUUUAAUACAGGGCAAUG